CGCUCCGCUUUUUAUUCUCACUCUCGCAUCAUUCAGAGUUUGAAUUCGUGGCACAGUGCGGCUGAAUAACUGGCCGUUGUUUGUUUACCGUCGAUAUUUUCGGAAUCUAGUGGGCCACCGGUUCGCGUGGAGAUGAAGUUUUGAGGGAGUUUUCGAACAGAAUAGCAACUUCCAGCGCCAACCAUGACGGGGAACAGUGGCAGUGCCGCCAACGGAAAUUCCAAUUUUGAGAUUGCCCAGAGCAAUCAGGACCUGAUUACAUCGAAGCGAAAAAAUAGAAAAAGGAAAUGGUUGCUGAUUGGAGUUACCGUAGUGUUAGCUGUCAUUAUAUUAUUGGCGGCGAUCAUCAUAGUAGCUACGAGAAAGAAGAACUCAAAAGUAGGACCAACAGCAGCUUCAUUGACACUGGAUGAUUUUCUGCAUGGGAAAUUUCUUACAAAGGGUUUCAAUGGCACUUGGACAUCCGGUGACGAUUUGAUAUAUUCCGAUUCAAAUGGCAAUAUUGUUCUUCUCAAUCUCCAGAAUAAAACGUCCACAGUUCUCAUAGACUCAUUGGAUAACAGGAAGUGUUCAGUUCCAACAAGGCAUUGUGGUUUUCACCCGAUGGUAGAAAACUAGCAUACGGAAGAUUCAAUGACACAGAAGUCCCACUAAUGAUAAUACCUGUAUACGGGGAGCCAGGUAAACUGUCAUCCCAAUAUCCCAGGGCGAAUGUCAUCAAAUAUCCAAAGUGUGGUGCCAAAAACCCAACGGUCAGUUUUCACUUCGUUGACCUCGCCAAACCUGAGAGAGAAUUUUACCUCGAAGUGCCAAAUAAUGUUAAAGGGGAGGAGAUCUUAUCUGCAGUAGAAUGGGCUACAAAUGAUAUUUUGACGGCCAUUUGGAUGAACAGAGUUCAAAAUCGAGCUUCGAUAGUAGCUUAUGAUACAUCUCAAGAUUCUGUUUCUUCUACAAUAAUAAAAAAUUUGGUAGCUUCUGACGGUUGGCUAGAGUUAUUCACGCCUCCAAUAUUCUCCAAGGACGGAUCCAAGUUGGUCAUGAUCCUUUCCCAGGACCAAGGUGGAAAUUCUGGGUACAGACACGUAGUUAUGUUGAAUGUAGUGGAAAAUGCUCAGGACCAGCCACUCACGAAAGGAAAAUUUGUUGUAACGAGCAUUUUAGCUUGGGACCAUGAAGAAAAUUUAAUAUACUAUUUAGCGAACACAGAGUCAGACUGGACCGUCCAGCACCUCUACGCAGUUUCUGCAGAAACGAAAAACGUAACUUGCUUCACCUGCGACUUGAAAUCUGAGCACAACUCAACCACUGCCUGUUCGUACAACACUGCCGAAUUCAGCAAAAACUCUUCGUAUUACGUUCUGACCUGCGCAGGCCCAGACGUGCCGCAGGUGAAAGUUUUUUCCAAAAACGGCAACGAAGUAAUGCAAUGGAGCAACAACGAAGAACUAGCAAAUUACUUGAAAGAGAGGCAGACGGCUAGUUUGAAAAAAAUGACGUUCGACAUAGCUGAUGGAUUGAAGGCCAAAGUUUUGUUGAGGUUGCCACCGAAUAUGGACACGAGCGGACAGACCAAAUACCCCAUGCUCGUUAACGUCUAUGGUGGUCCGGACACUUACCAGGUCAUCGACAAGUUUGUUCUAGAUUGGGGUAGCUACCUUGCUGCGAAUAAAAGUAUAAUAUAUGCCGCUAUAGAUGGUAGGGGUUCUGGUUUGAAAGGUGACAGGACUAUGUUCGCAGGCUACAGAAAACUGGGAACAGUCGAAAUUGUGGACCAAAUCAACGUCACAAGAUUGAUCCAGAAAUCGCUUCCAUACGUCGAUUCAUCCAGAACCGCCAUUUGGGGAUGGAGUUAUGGAGGCUACGCAGCUGGAAUGGCUCUGGCAACCGACACCGAAGGGGUCUUCAAAUGCGCAAUUUCCGUGUCUCCAGUAACCGACUGGGCCUUAUACGAUUCCGUAUACACUGAACGGUUCAUGGGUCUCCCGACGGCAGAUGAUAACCUGAAGGGCUAUGAAGAGGGCCAGCUUCUCAAAAAGUACGAAGGGUUGCGGGACAAGGAGUACUUCCUGAUCCACGGUACUCAUGAUGACAAUGUCCAUUACCAGCAGUCGAUGAUGUGGGCCAAAGUACUCGAACAGAAUGACAUUCUCUUUAGGCAACAGAGCUACCCCGAUGAAGACCACAGUCUUGGCUUAGUCCGUCCACAUCUUUACCACUCCUUGGAGAAUUUCCUAGAUGAAUGUUUUCUAGAGAAAGGAGAUUAAAUAUUUGAAAAUGAUUUUCGUCCGAUAUCUGGAGCAAAUAGAAUUGGAAAUUAAAAUAUGCUCCAGCCUUAAGACUGAAUAUUUUCCUAAAUAAAAUUGAUUUUUCAGAAAAUAAAGAGAUUCUUGACUUUCAUCAUGUGUAACUAUGACAAAGUAAAUAAUAUUCACCUAAACAAAAAAGCUAAGAAUUUCACAUCACUAUUAAUCGUGUAAUAAAUUUUAUACUGUAGCGUGAAAUGCAAAAUUUAGAUUUACUCAUUCAACGUGUUGCCAGAUUAUUAAGCCUUCAAAUGAUUAUGAAAUUACGAACACAGAACACCAUUGAGCUCAUAUUAUGCUGAACACACUCGUUCUCACCUUGACAUGAAUGCACAAUAGCAAAGCUUACAGAACUAUAACUUAAGUUAUAGUUCUGUGGCAAAGAUAUAUACAUAUUGACAUUUGACAGUACACAACUACAAAUUGUUUUGUGAACAUGUGACCUUAUGAAAUAUAUGAAAAUUUCUUUCGCUUACCUUUUGCAUAAAAGUGGAACCUCUUCUCGGACCAAAUAUGUUGAAAAAAACUGAUAAUCAAACUUGAUCUCCAUUGGACAUCUAUUCCAGACACUACAGUAAUAUUCACAAAACUUUUGAAAGAUGAGGAAACAGUUAUUGUACCUAGUGUUUUGAAUAAUGGCAUGGCUUCAUAUAAAUAUUGUAUGCACAUUGAAUGGGUUUGAAACAGUGUAAUUAAAAUUGGCACAGAGCACGGAACACUGAGUAAAUUCUACAAAUAUUUGUUUUGAAUAUCGCCAGAAAAUUAAGAGUACUUAAAGACUAGUUUGAACAGAAUGUGUAGCAUUUCUAAAUUUUUUAGAAAACAAAAAGGCAACUAUAAAACUAAGAUUUAGGUAACAAAACAAGAUGAUGAUUAUGAUUCGAAUUAUAAUAUAAAAUUCACAUAGGGAUGUAGGCUCUCAUGGCUAGCGUCAAUGUUUUGGAUGGUUUCCGGGUUUUGCCGUGGUCUUCUUUGGUUAUGAUUUCCAAACGUUUCGACUGCAACUGCGGCAGCCAUCUUCAGUGGCGUGAUCGAAGUACUCUUCCUGACAUAUCAACUGAAACUGUCACUGAAGAUGACUGUCGCCGUUGCAGUCGAAACGUUUGGAAAUCAUAACCCAAGAAGACCACGGCAAAACCCAAAAACCAUUUAAAACUAUCUGUGCAGUUUUAAUUUUAUAGUGUUAUCUCAUAGAUAACAAAAAUAUCUGGGGACGUGAUAAGUUCAAAUAUUUGUAAAAUAUACUGCAUGUAUAGUAUGAAAAUAUUGCCCAGUUAAAUAUUAAGUCAUGUCUGUGACAAAGCUUGUUUUUGUUGUUCAUCAAGUAUUUCAAAUAUUCAUGUUGCACAUCAAACAUGAUGUGAAAUUGUUUUAAUAUUUCUCAGUAUAGGUAUAGUAUAUAUGUGUAUAUAUAAACUUCGUAAUAUCAGGCAGAGACAACCAACAGGGUAAACUAUUAAAUGCAUCUCAGAAAUAAAUGUACAUAUUGUAAAAUAUUUAUUUGAUGUUUCAGUAUCAUAUGUACAAUAUGCGAGAAUUUUAUUGUUUUUUAAUAAAAGUUUUUUAAACAA